UCCAAUCGUUUUUUUUUUUUUGUGUAAUAAAAUAUUAAAAUUCCAAUCGUUGAGUGGGAGAGAACGUUAUUCCUUCCCCUCGAUUCUUCUUUUCUGUCGUGGAGAACCAACGAAAAGGAAAGCCGAAAGAGCGACGAUCAUGGGAAACGCCGGAAGCAUCAACCGGCGGCAACAUCACCACCACCACCACAACCAUCACCCCUCGCACCACCACCAGCAUUCCAAUCGCCGCCACCAUCCUCCUCCACCGCCGCCGCCUCAGGUCACCACAAGCCAAUACGUCUUCGCCGCUCCGUCUCAGUACCCGAACCCUAAUUUGCCGCCACCGCCUCCCUACUAUCCCCACCACCACCACCGCCAUCCUCCUCCUCAAUCUCAUCACGGCUAUUACCCCCCGCCGCCGCCGCCACCUCAGCUCCCCGCUCCCCUUCCGGCCGCGCCGUACGUCGAGCACCAGAAGGCCGUCACGAUCAGGAACGACGUCAACGUCAAGAAGGAGACGAUUCGGAUCGAGGAGGAUGAGGAGAAUCCCGGUAGCUUCCUCGUCGCGUUCACCUUCGACGCCACCGCUCCCUGCAGCAUUACGGUGCUGUUCUUUGCGAAGGAGAGCGAGGACUGCAAUCUCGUAGCGACGAGGGAAGACGUGUUCGAGCCGGUGACAAUGUCGUUCGAGCAAGGCCUGGGGCAGAAGUUCAAGCAACCUUGUGGGACUGGAAUCGAUUUCUCGAAAUUCGACGAGGUGCAGCUGAAGAAGGCGGGCGAUGAAGGGGUCUACCCUUUGGUGCUGAAGGCUGAGGCUCGCCUGUCGCCGGCCACCAACGAGGGGUCAAAAGCUAGUAGCAAGAAUGGCAAUUCGCAGAUCACAUUGGCCAUCUUUGAUUGGAAGGAGAAAGGCGAUGGUUACCGUGUUAGAGUAAUGAAGCAGAUUCUGUGGGUGAGCGAUACGAGAUACGAGUUGCAGGAGAUUUAUGGGAUUGGGAAUUCCGUGGAGGUCGAGUCCGAUGGCGAUGAGAGUGGGAAAGAAUGUGUUAUCUGCUUGACUGAACCUCGUGACACCACGGUCCUACCUUGCCGUCACAUGUGCAUGUGCAGUGGAUGCGCGAAGCUGUUGCAGUUCCAGACGACAAAGUGCCCAAUAUGCAGGCAACCGGUGGAGCGGUUCCUGGAGAUCAAAGUGAAUGAUGUCGUGCCAGAGAGUUGAGGAACCAGGAAAUGCUAGUUUAUGUCCCCGUUACCCUUCCGACAAGCAACCAAUCCAGUGGAAUUGUAGUUGUAAAGCUACGAAGAUCUCUAUCUUCUUUUGCUGUGUGAUUUGAGGAACACGUUCUGUUUUCUCGAUGAUUCUCCACAAGGCGAUUUACGUGGGGUGUGUAUAUAAAGAAGGAAAAAGCAAUAGUUUCAUAAGCCGAUUCAGCGUUUUGAGCAGCAAUGGCGUCGUCGUCGCGAUCUUCAACAGAGCAACUCCCUCCAUCUUCUCAAGAACAAGCUACUGACCCUCGCCCCAGCAAGCUCUCGCACCAGCACCGCCUCCUUCUCGUGCCGCUGCUGGCCGCUGCUAGAUCCUCCAACCCUGAAGUAGCAUUGCGAGUUCUUACCUCGUGGGCGAGUUCGGAUUCCGGCCUGUCGAACCUAGUCUCCGACGACAAUCUCCUCCCCGACGUCCUCCGGUUCGUGCAAUCUCUCCCUCCUCCUGAAUACCUCGUUCUGUCUCUGAAACUUUUGCGGAGCCUGGUCGCCGGAGAGACCGCCAAUCAGUCCGCCUUCAUCGAUUUCGACGGCGACGGGGUUGUUUCUGCGGUUCUGAUCUCUGCAGGGCUGUACCCCGACCCCGACCCCGCCAUCAUCGGGGCCGGAUUGCAAGUUCUGGCCGUUGUCUCGCAGGCCGGCGAACCACACCGGCUGGCUAUAUGGGAUGGGUUCUUCCCUACAUUGUUUCUUGCCCUUGCCAGAGUCAGAAGCAGGGAGGUUUCCGAUCCCCUGUGUAUGAUUCUGUACACUUGCUGCUAUCGAAUCCCGGCCCUUUUCGCUCAACUCCUUGCGGAGGAAGGAAUCGCCAUUGUUGCCGAGAUUGUGAAGACGGUCUCUUUGGUUGGUUACGAGGGUGGAGACUGGUUCAAGCGAAUCCUGUCCAUGAUCUGCCUCGAUGAAGGUGGCCAAUUGAACUUCUUAUUCCUACGACUGCACCGCAUUCGCGGCCCCGAUGCUGAUUACAAGGGCAAGGCCGUCGUCGUCGACGAUAGUUUCUCGUCCGAGCAAGCUUACCUCUUGGCGACGGUGGUGGAGAUCUUCCGCGAGGGGAUGAAGGAUGCACGAACCGCCUCGGUCGAUUUCGCGCUCUGCGUGCUCGGUAUACUCGAUGACUCUGCCGCAGCUUAUGUUCUUGAUCACGUCUCAGGAGGCAAAUGCGGUCAUUUUCCAACCGGGGACGCCUCGAUCGACGUGCUCGGAUACUCCCUCACCAUUCUAAAGCACUUAUGUGACUCUGCUGCCUCGGAAGAAGAAGAAGACGACGUUGUUUCUUCGCUCUUGUCGCGCGGGCUGAUGGAGACGCUCUUGAGGCUUCUUCGAGAGCUCGAGGGGAUUCCAAGCGCGACGCGAAGGGAAGCAACGACGACGACGCUGUGCCCUUACAUUGGGUUCAGGAGGGACGUCGUGGCGACGAUAGGCAGCUGUGCGUACAGAAGGAAGCAUGUGCAGGACCGGAUCAGGAAAUGUGAUGGGAUUCUGCUUCUGCUGCAGCAGUGUCAUGUUGUUGAUGAUGAUGAUAAUCCAUUUUUGAGGGAGUGGGGGAUUUGGACAAUGAGGAAUUUGCUGGAAGGGAAUGUUGAGAACCAGAAUGUGUUGGGUGAAUUGGUGAUUCAGGGGAUUGUUCAUGUGCCUGAUGAACUGUGGGGUCGUGGUGUGACGGUGGAGGUGGAUCGUAAGUCUGGAAGAGCAUGGAUUGUGAAUGCUUCUUCUUCUUCUUCUUCUUCUGGUUCGACGAAGAUCAAGCUCGAUUAGUGGGCGCGAAUUUCGAUCUGUGAAUUCGAUGGCGCGCUUCUGAGAGUUUCAACACGUUUUUUUUUUUGGUGACUGCAGAACCAGGGUUGAUGGUUCCCAAGUCAGAAUGGAUUCCUUACUUGGUGCGGAUUGGGGGACAAGUAUGAUUUCUUUCUUAUUAAUCUAGUUAUGUGUAGAUGUGAUCAUAGAUUAAGUGAUUGCGUAACCGUUAAUGGGUCAUUACCAGGCUGAGGUUGG